AUGGCAGAACAAAAGUUGUAUCUCUUCGGAGACCAGACGUACGAUGUACAGCCGCACCUCAAAGAGUUGAUGCGGCAUAGGGACAACCCCGUACUAGAGGACUUCCUAACCAAGGCGUAUGAUGCGAUACGUAGGGAGCUGUACAGGCUCCCGGUCGAGACGAGGGAUGAUCUCCCUCGAUUCACUAGCCUCGAUGACCUCCUCUUGUGGAAGCAAGACUCGAAACGUUGCGUGGCCCUCGACAUGGCAGUGACCUGCGUGUACCAGCUCGGCACCUUCAUCAGCCAGAAGAACACCUGGGAUAUACAGGCCAGCAAUUCGCGGAUACUUGGUAUCUGCACAGGAGCCCUAGCGGCAGCAGCAGUUAGCUGCAGCCGCAGCACGAUAGAGCUCGUCGCACCGGCGGUGGAAGCGGUCAUCGUGGCCUUCCGGACCGGCUUGCAUGUCACCGAUAUGGCACGACGAAUCGAACCCUCAGAUUCGCUGGACGAUAAGAGCUGGUCAGUCAUCGUGCCUGGUGCGGCGUCUGCCGAUGCUGUUAGCAGGUUUUGUGAGACAACGAAACUGCCGCUUUCAGCCAGGCCAUACGUCAGUGCCUAUGCUCCCAAUGGUGUAACUGUCAGCGGUCCACCACGUUCGUUACUUCGAUUCACAAACCCAGAAAGUUCCGACACCUUUACCUUCAAGACCAUUCCCAUCUACGCCCCAUACCACGCCCCUCACCUCUAUACCUCCGAAGAUGUCGAUGAAAUCAUCGGGACCCUCGCACUUCGUGACGCUAGCUUGAACGUCCCUGUCUUCUCCGGCGCCGGGAUAACUGUGGAGAGUGACAGCUUUGAAAAGCUCUUGAGGGCGGCAGUCGAACAGAUAUUAUUAGAGUCCAUACGGUGGAACGAUAUCGUCCGCGAGCUGCAAGCCCAUCUCCAGAAGGAGCAGCCUAGAUCAUUCAGCGUAGUAGCGAUAGGAACAAAGGCGGACCAGCUGAUCUACACGGCGCUCAGGCAGACGUCGCUGAAAGCGUUGCUGCCCUCUAUCUCUCCAGCGGUACAGAGUCAGCCGUCGAUAACCGGUGAUGGAUCCUACCCAAACCCCGGCAAGGCCAAGCUUGCCAUCAUUGGAAUGUCAGGACGAUUCCCUGGCGCUCGGGAUAACGAGGAGUUCUGGAAUGUGCUCCACGAAGGUCUGGAUAUGCACAAGGAGGUCCCGCCUCUCCACUGGGAUGUCAAAACCCACGUGGACCCGGCCGGGGCGCGGAAGAACACGAGCAUCACGCCUUUCGGCUGUUGGCUCGACGAUCCCGCCAGCUUUGACGCGCGCUUCUUCAACAUCUCGCCCCGAGAGGCGCCGCAGAUCGACCCUGCACAAAGGAUCGCGCUGAUGACUGCCUACGAGGCCAUCGAGCAGGCCGGCAUCGUUCCCGAUGCUACCCCAUCGACGCGACGGGAUCGUGUCGGUCUCUUUUACGGUGUGACCAGUCAGGACUGGUUCGAGACAAACAGCGCCCAGAACGUCGACACGUACUUCAUACCGGGCGGGAACAUGGCCUUCAUCCCAGGGCGGAUCAAUUACUUCUUCAAGUUCAGCGGGCCGAGCUUCGCGGUGAACACGGCGUGCUCCUCUAGUCUCGCCGGCAUCCACCUCGCCUGCAACUCGCUCUGGCGCGGCGAUAUCGACACCGCCAUCGCCGGCGGGACGAACAUCCUGACCAACCCGGACAUGACGGCCGGGCUCGACAAGGGCCACUUCCUGUCGCGGACGGGCAACUGUAAGACCUUCGAUGACAGCGCCGACGGUUACUGCCGAGGCGAGGGCGUCGGGACCAUCAUCCUCAAGCGCCUUGACGACGCUAUCGCCGACAAGGACCCCAUCCUAGGCGUCAUCCUAGGCGCGUACACAAACCACUCGGCGGAAUCCGAGUCCAUCACGCGCCCGCAUGUAGGCGCCCAGCGGGCGGUGUUCAACAAGAUCCUGAACCAAGCUGCCGUAGACCCGUAUUCGAUCGGAUACGUGGAGAUGCACGGUACCGGCACUCAAGCCGGAGAUGCUGGAGAGAUGUCCAGUGUUCUAGACACGUUCGCGCCGCAUCCUGGGCAGGUCAAGAGGGGCAAGCGGACUAGCGAAGAGGCCCUCUUCCUGGGGUCUGCCAAGGCGAAUAUCGGCCAUGGUGAGGCCGCGUCGGGGAUGGCCAGUAUAAUCAAGGUGCUCUUGAUGAUGAAGAAGAACAUCAUAGUCCCACACUGCGGGAUCAAGACAAAGAUCAACCACAGGUUUCCCACUGACCUGCAGGAGCGAAACGUCAACAUCGCUCUGAAGCCGACCAGCUGGCAAAGAAGCGCAGACCCUACCAAGCCCCGACGGGCCUUCAUCAACAACUUCAGCGCGGCAGGUGGAAACACGGCCCUGCUCAUAGAAGACGCACCUCUCAUCCCCGAGCCCGCCAACCAAGCCCCCGACUCUAGAAGCCACCACGUCGUAGCUAUCUCAGCCAAGAACGGAAUCUCUUUACAGGGAAACCUUAGGUCACUGCUGGCGUUUUUGAAGCAAAGCCCGGAUGUUUCUCUCGGCCGCUUGUCGUACACGACAACCGCACGGCGCAUCCACCACCAGCACCGCGUCAUGCUUACGGGCGCGAGCAGCGAGGAGCUAUGCAACCAGAUUGACACAGCUCUGCGCGACCAGGCCGGCAUGACCAGACCCAAGGGCAGCCCACAGGUCGUUUUCACGUUUACGGGUCAGGGUGCGCAAUACCCCGGUAUGGGUAAGGAGCUCUACGAGAGCUUCUCUCUCUUCCGCACCGAGCUGCGCCGGCUAGAUCGCAUCGGCCAGAAGCUAGGUUUCCCCUCGGUGCUGCCAGUCAUCGAGAACCAGUCUGGCGAGCAGGACAUCGGUCUGUUUAACCCCGUGACUGUCCAGCUGGCAAGCACAUGUAUGCAAAUCGCUCUCGCCAAGUUGUGGGCGUCGUGGAACGUGUCUCCCGUCGCCGUGGUUGGACACAGCCUAGGCGAGUAUGCGGCCUUGAACGUCGCGGGAGUUAUGUCCGACGCCGACACGAUUUACCUCGUGGGCACCAGGGCCAGCUUGCUCGUAGAGAAGUGCACGCGGGAUACCCACUCCAUGUUGGUGAUCAAGGCGGCGGUGGAUGAGAUCGAAAAGGUCAUCGGGGACAAGAACAUCGCGUACGAAGUUGCCUGCAUCAACUCGCCGAUCGAGUCUGUCAUCACCGGCAUCAACUCAGACAUCGCCUCGCUCCGGACCAUCCUUACAGACGCGGGAAUGAAGACGACUCUCCUGAAGGUCCCCUACGCCUUCCACUCUUCUCAGGUCGACCCAGUGCUCGAAGACUUCAAGACCAUCGCCGGUAAUGUGACUUACUCCGAAGCCAAAAUCCCGGUACUGUGCCCCUUGGAUGGAAGCAUUGUUGUCGGCAUCGGUGCCUUCGGCCCUGAAUACCUCGCCCGGCACACCCGAGAACCGGUCAACAUGCGCCACGCCCUCUUGACGGCAAACAGCCAUCACAUCCUCCCCGAAAAGGGCUUUACGCUGGAGGUUGGCCCGCACCCCGCUAUUUCCGGCAUGGUAAAGGCGGUUCUGGGUGCCCAAGUCACCUGCCUUGCUUCAGCGCAAAGGGGCAGGCCGGCCUUCCAGAUGCUGGCGGCAGCCCUGAAAACGCUCUAUAUCUCAGGAGCGGAUAUCCGAUGGCCCGCGUACCACGACGAUUUCAAGUCCUCCCAAAAGGUCAUCGAGAUGCCUGCAUACAACUGGGAUCUGAAGCCGUACUGGAUCCAGUAUGUGAACGACUGGUCGUUGCGCAAGGGUGACGCCCCCAUAACCAUUGUACAGGGCCCUUCGAGGCUCGAGAGCACCACCAUCCACCAUGUGGUCGAAGAGACCGGCGAUUCCAACAAGGCCCGCAUCGUGGUCGAGUCAGAUGUCACGCGUAAGGACUUUCGCCCGCUGGUAGAAGGCCACGAAGUCGACGGGGUUCCGCUUUGCACUCCGGCGGUCUAUGCCGACAUCGCGCUGAGCCUGGGUCAGCACCUCCUCGACCGGCAUCACCCCAACAAGACGGGCAACACUUCCCUUGAAAUCGCCGACAUGACCAUCUUGAAGGCGCUCAUCCUGCAAGCCAACUCUGCUACCGAGCAGGUCCUACAAGUUCACGCCGAGGCCGACUGGUCAUCAAACUCAGCGGCUAUCAAGUUUAUGACAUACGAUAGCCGCAAGAAGCUGCAGGAGCAUUCCCACUGUGUUGUGCGCUUCAACGAUGGCAGCCUGCAGAAGAAGCUCCAAAAGGAGACGGUCGCCAAACAAAAGCAGCGAGCUCUCCGAGAUGGAAUACUCUCGGGGGAAACCGCUCGCUUCAAUCGUGCUAUGGUGUACCGCGCCAUCCGCCCUCUGGCCCGAUUCCACGAAGAAUACCGUGCUGUGGACGAGAUCGUGCUGAACAGCAAGACGCUGGAGGCCUCGAGUCGCCUAAGCUUCAAGGACUUCCACAAAGAGGGGACUUUCCACACCCACCCCGGUCUCAUCGACGGCCUGACCUGGGCCGCUGGGUUCUCCAUGAACUGCAACGACAACAACGACCUGGAUAAGGACGUGUUCGUCAACCAUGGCUGGGGCUCGUUCCAGAUCUUCGAACCGAUGGACUUCACGAAGGAGUACACCACAUACUCUCACAUGAUCGAGGGCAAAGAUCGAUUGUGGCAGGGUGAGGUGACCAUCCUUGACGGCGAUAAAGUCGUCGCGCACCUCGGGCAGUUCGCAAUGCAAGGCGUUCCACGCCGGAUUUUGAGGGUUAUUCUGUCUAUCGAGGGUGGCAACAAGGCGAAGCAGCCACCGCAGCCACCAGCACACAAGAAGGAAAUCGCUGCGCAAGUAUCAAUCCAGCCGCAGACAGAGACCCGAGCUCGGUCGAAGGACAAUUCGUCGUCCUCUCCAGCAGUCGCACGGGCUAUGGCAAUUAUCGCAGAAGAGAGCGGACUCGCCCCGGCAGACUUGACCGACGGGACUGUCUUUGGCGAUGUCGGAAUCGACUCUCUACUAGGCCUGACCAUCUCGGCUCGGUUCAAGGAGGAGCUCGACCUAGAUCUCGACUUCAACGCGCUCUUCUACGAGUACCCCACCGUCGCAGACCUAAAGGGCUUCUUGGGGGAUUCGAAGACAUCCAGCUCCACCGAAGCCCCCAGCUCUGGGUCUAGCGAUACGGAAGAGACCAAGGCCACGUCUUCUCUCCCAGACGAGAAGCCCCCGGCAGUCUCAAACGUUCAAAUCGAGCGCGCAAUCCAGAUCAUCUCGGAAGAGAGCGGUGUCGCGACGGAGGAUCUCACUGACGACAGCAACUUUGCCGACUGCGGAGUGGACUCCCUAUUGUCGCUCGUCAUCGUGAGUCGGUUCCGGGACGAGCUCGAGCUCGAUAUCCAACACGAGUCUCUAUUCCUCGAGUGCCCGACCGUCGCAGACUUGAAACAGAUGCUCGGCGGCACAGUCCAACCCGUUGAAGAGCUGCCCGCCCCUGCCCCCAUCUCCGUCCCAGAGACCAAGACCGUGACGCCGGCCCCUAUCAAGGCCGAUACUGCUGCUCUGGCUGCCCGCCAGAAGGCCGUCGACGAGUACGUCGAGAAGUAUACGGCAGGAUUUACCGCACCUAUCCCUUCCACCUCGCCGACCGCGCACUAUAACGAGAAUGCCAAGGUUGUCCUCGUCACGGGGACCACCGGUAGCCUGGGAGGCCACCUGGUCUUCAAGCUGGCCCAUCGCCCUGACGUCCAGACGAUCAUCUGCCUCAACCGCGAACAUAAGACGGAAGCCUUCACGCGCCAGAAGAAGGCCAUGAAGGACAAGGGCGUCCACUUCCCCGAACACCUGCUGUCCAAGCUCCACGUUCUGCAGGGGGACACCUCGAAGCCCCUGCUUGGGCUGUCCGCGGACGAGUACGAGGGGCUCGCCGGCUCGGUGACGCACAUUAUCCACCAAGCGUGGCCGAUGAGCGUGAAGCGGACGCUCGAGGGCUUCGAGCCGCAGUUCGCUGUCGUGCGCAACCUGAUCGACCUCGCGAGCACGGUCGUCGCGCGGCACGCGGCCGGGUUCCGGUUCGGGUUCCAGCUGGUGUCGUCGAUCAGCGUGGUGGGCAACUACCCGGGGCGGGUGGUGCCGGAGGAGCGGGUGGGGAUCGAGGCGCUGCUGCCGAUCGGGUACGCGGAGGCGAAGUGGGGGUGCGAGCGGAUGCUGGACCGGACGGUGCACCGGCACCCGGAGCGGUUCCGGGCGAUGACGGUGCGGCUGGGCCAGAUCGCGGGGUCCAAGGUCAGCGGGUACUGGAACCCGAUGGAGCACUUCGGCUUCAUCGUCAAGUCGUCGCAGACGCUGAACGCGCUGCCCGACGUCGCCGGCACCGCGUACUGGACGCCCGUCAACGACAUCGCCGGCGCCCUCGCCGACCUCAACCUCGCCGCCCACGCCCAGCCCUGCUACCCCGUCUACCACAUCGACAACCCCGUCGGCCAGCCCUGGAAGGAGCUCAACCCCAUCCUCGCCGACGCGCUCGGCAUCCCCCCGCAGAACCUAGUGCCCCUCGAGGAGUGGACGCGUCGCGUCCGCGCCGCGCCCCAGCGCAACAACCCCGCCUCGGCCCUGGUCGACUUCCUCGACACCAACUACGAGCGCAUGUCGUGCGGUGGUCUCGUGCUCGACCCCAGCAAGGCGGUCGAGCACUCGCCGACGCUGGCGGCCGUCGGGCCCGUCAGCGAGGAGGUGGUGCGGAAGUACAUCUAUGUGUGGAAGGAGAUCGGGUUCUUGGAAUAGAGGACUAGGCGACGGAUAAGAUUACAGGGAUACUCUUUUUUUUCCUUUCCCCUUUCCGCUUGUAUGAUUACGGACCCCUGUCAGUCGAAGCGGUCUAGGGAGCGAGAGUAAACACGCUCGUUGCUUAUACCUAGACGGAAUCAAGAUGCAGUAUAAAAGAGACCCAGAUAAGUAU